AUGGUAGGCGAGGUGCGAAGCCCGCAGGACGUGAGACCGGUGAUGUCUGCGCUGCGGAAGGAGGGAAGCAGCAGCCCCGCCGGCCCCGGACGUGCUUGCCUGAGCUUCCCCGCUGGUGUUUUUGUGUUUUGCUGGUUUUGCUGGUCUGCAAACAUGGAGGCCCAGUGUGGAGGUGCCUCAGAGGACAAUACCCGUUUCUCAACAACCAGUCAUGGAUAUAUUUUGCCAGAAGGGAAGAUCAUGCCAAACACAGUAUUUGUUGGUGGAAUUGAUAUAAGGAUGAAUGAAGCAGAAAUUCGGAAUUACUUUGAACGAUACGGUGCUGUGAAAGAGGUGAAAGUAAUCACUGACAGAACUGGUGUUUCCAAAGGGUAUGGAUUUGUAUCUUUCCUGGACAACGUGGAUGUUCAGAAAAUAGUAGAAUCGCAAAUAAGCUUCCAUGGCAAAAAGCUGAAACUGGGGCCAGCGAUUAGAAAGCACCAAAACUUAUGUUCUUAUGUGCAUCCCAGACCAUUAGUCUUCAAUCCUCCUGUGCCACAGUUCCAUAAUGUAUGGGCAAAUCAAAAUACAGAGACAUACAUGCAGCCUCCAGCUGUAAUGAGCCCAGUAACCCAGUAUGUUCAGACAUACCCAUACUGCUCACCAGCUGUAUUGAUACAGCAGCAAGUUCCUAUAGGUUAUCAGCCAGCCUACAACUACCAGGUUCAACCACAAUGGCUUGCUGGGGAGCAAAGAAACUAUGUUACGCCUCCGGUUUAUACUUCAGUAAGCUACCACUGCACUGAGGAUCCAGAAUUUAGACAGACAGAAUGUCCUGUUCCAGAACCCACACAGUUGUCUAGUAAUAGUCCACAAAAGAAGUCUGUGGACAGGAGCAUACAAACAGUAGUAUCCUGUCUGUUUAAUCCUGAGAACCGUCUGAGGAGCACUGUUGUGUCUCAAGAAGACUACCCUAAGGAGAGGAAGACGCAUCACUUCAGAAAAGGAAGAGCAGUAAUCAAAAGUAUUUGA